GGACUGGUCUGGUCAUUGACAAGUGAAUGCAGAAGCUAUGCUGUGGCCGUCAGCCAAAGCAAUUAUUCAAGAUUUAAGCUAAAAAGACUCCUUCUCUCAUAUCCUCUCCCUUUUUCAGGGUCAUGUAGGGAUAAAAAGAACUGCAAGGUGGUCUUUUCCCAGCAGGACCUGAGGAAGCGGCUGACGCCUUUGCAGUACCAUGUCACUCAGGAGAAAGGGACUGAAAGCGCCUUUGAGGGAGAAUACACACAUCAUAAAGCUUAUGGGAUAUACAAAUGUGUUGUCUGUGGAACUCCUUUAUUCCAGUCAGAAACAAAGUUUGACUCCAAUUCAGGUUGGCCUUCGUUCUAUGAUGUGAUCAGUCCGGAUGCAAUUACGUUCACCGAUGACUUCUCUUAUGGGAUGCACAGGAUUGAAACAGGCUGCAGUCAGUGUGGUGCUCACCUGGGGCAUAUUUUUGACGAUGGGCCUCAUCCAACUGGCAAAAGAUAUUGCAUAAACUCUGCUUCAUUGUCUUUUGAGCCUGGAGAUAAGAACAAUGCUGGAGAAGGCAGCGGUAGCACCAGUCCUGCCCAAACAGACAAAACCGAGCUGUAGAACAAAGGGCGGUCUGCAGAAAACUCACGGCUUAUGAAGAAUGUUUUUUCUAACUUGCCUGCUAUAUUAUAUCAUAUUUUUAAAUGUAUAAAGGUGUUCUGCACCAGUAGGUUUUUUUUCCUUUGUUGAAAUUGAGGCCUUGCCUGCCAAUGUAUUUUACUAUAUAACAGGUUCUAAAUAUUUGUUUACUAUCUCUCCUGGUUUUGUUUUUGGAGAUUGCUUUUGGGAAGCCUUAAAACAAGAGACUUUAGCCCCAUUAGUUAUUAAUGUCUUCUUCUUGCUUUGUUACUAUAGAUUUGAAUAUUUUUCCUUUUUUUUGUGUGAAGAAAAGGGGAUUGUGGUUAUCUUCAGACAACAGAAAACUCCUGAGUGUAAUAAAAUUCUUGAGACCCAGCACAUCUGUGGUUGUUUUGAUUUGUGAGGCAUGUGGCCUUUGGUCAUGUGUAUUCAACCAUCUCACGAUCAACCACACCCUGCAAAAACUUGGACUUAGGCAAUUCCCUUCCAACUAAAAGUGAUGGAUGAGAUGUAAAGCCCUUCCUUUGGCUAAAUUACUGCCAAAAUACAAAGGGUGUAGUUUCAGGGAUGUAGAUGUUGCAUUAUAAUCAAUUUUUUCCCCUUGUUGGAUGUUGGAAUGGAGUAUUAAAACAAGCUCAAAACUAUUGCGCUUCACUUGUUCAAGGUUCACUGAACAUCCUUUGCUUUUUCAUGAGGCCUUGUCUUCUGCAGCUACAACUAUUAAAGGCGAUUAUUUAUUUGGGCAGGAACAGGUAGAACUUGUAGAGAAUUGAAGUGGAUGUGGCUUGACAUACAUGGACUGUUUGCCCUACCCAAGGCAAGGAAUCACUACAAGGCAUCAGCAGGCUCUGAGGAACCUUGGGACUGCAUAAUAAAAAGCGAUGCCCUUCUGAAAUACUCCAUUUUUAAUUUAAGCUGGCCUUGAAGGGCCAGGUCUUGAAGGGCCUUGAAGGGCCAGGUCUUUAUUAUAUAUAGCUAUGGUGAGGGACGUGGGUGGGGAGGUGGAUGUAACAAAUGAGCAU